AUGGACAACGCAUACGUUCGCUCGUCCGACGACGUGCUGAAACACUUCGACGUCUCUGAGAACACUGGCCUCUCCGCCAAAGCGGUCGAACAAUCACGAUCGAAGCAUGGGCCGAACUCGAUACCAGAAGACCCUCCCACGCCUUUAUGGGAGCUCGUGCUGGAGCAGUUCAAAGAUCAGCUCGUAAUCAUUCUCCUCGGCUCAGCAGCGAUAUCAUUCGUUCUAGCGCUCUUCGAGCAAGAAGAAGGAUGGACAGCCUUCGUCGACCCUCUGGUCAUCUUGACCAUCCUCAUUCUUAACGCAAUUGUGGGCGUGAGUCAAGAGAGCUCGGCAGAAAAAGCCAUCGCGGCAUUACAAGAGUACUCGGCGAACAAGGCGAAGGUGCUAAGGAAUGGCAUGGUCAGUGAGAUCAAGGCUGAUGAGCUGGUGCCUGGAGAUAUUAUCCAUGUGGCGGUUGGGGACAGGAUACCCGCAGAUUGCAGGGUGUUGAGUAUACUCAGCAACAGCUUUCGGGUGGAUCAGUCGAUUUUGACGGGAGAGAGCGAGAGUGUGAUCAAGGAUACGCAGCCGAUCAAGGAUGAGCAGGCUGUCAAGCAGGAUCAGGUCAACAUGCUGUUCUCUGGAACGACUGUGGUUACGGGCAAUGCUCACGCUAUUGUUGUCUUGACUGGAUCCGACACGGCGAUCGGUGACAUCCACGAGUCUAUCACCGCCCAGAUUUCCCAGCCCACGCCCCUCAAGGAGAAGCUCAAUGACUUCGGCGAUACUUUGGCCAAAGUUAUCAGCGGCAUCUGUAUCCUCGUGUGGUUGAUUAACAUCCAACAUUUCAACGAUGAGUCUCACGGAGGUUCCUGGACGAAAGGCGCCAUCUAUUACCUCAAGAUUGCGGUGUCUCUAGGAGUGGCUGCCAUUCCAGAAGGACUUGCUGUUGUCAUCACCACCUGUCUAGCACUUGGAACCCGAAAGAUGGCCGCGAAGAACGCCAUCGUCAGGUCUUUGCCAUCCGUGGAGACGCUCGGCAGCUGCAGCGUCAUCUGCUCCGACAAGACUGGCACGCUCACGACAAACCAGAUGAGCGUCAACAAGAUCGUGUACAUUGACGAAGCCGGGACUGGACUCGAAGAGCUUACUGUUGAAGGCACAAGCUUUGCUCCUGAGGGCACAAUCAAGAAGGGUGGUAAGGUUGUGGAAGAUCUCGCAGCUUCAUCGAGCACGAUCCUCCAGAUGACGCAGGUCGCAGCAGUGUGCAACGAGUCCAGGCUAUCGUAUGACACAAAGGCUGGCACGUACCAAAACGUGGGUGAGCCUACAGAAGGCGCUCUGCGAGUGCUCGUUGAGAAGAUCGGAACAAGGAACGCUCCGUUCAACGCGAAGCGCCGAGGUCUCAAGCCAGAGGAAUUGCUCCACUACAUCAGCCAGGACUACGAAGACACAGCACCCAAGCUCCGGACAUACGAGUUCUCGCGUGACCGCAAGAGCAUGUCUGUGCUCGUGGGUAACUCGGACAAGACGAAGAAGCUGCUUGUAAAGGGCGCUCCAGAGUCGAUCCUUGAUCGCUGCACGCACUGUUUGGUUGGCAAGGACGGCAAGAGGGUGCAGCUGGAUCAGAAGCUCACCAAGCUGCUGAACCAGGAGGUGACGGAGUACGGCAACCGUGGACUCAGAGUUAUUGCGCUCGCCAGCGUCGACAACGUCACCUCGCCGCUCACCGUAAACGCCAAGACGUCGAAGGAAUACACCACGCUUGAGCAGGGAAUGACACUGCUUGGUCUCGUAGGCAUGCUUGACCCGCCUCGACCGGAGGUGGCGCAAAGCAUUCGAGAGUGCAGGGACGCUGGCAUUAGAGUCGUCGUCAUCACUGGCGACAACCAGAACACCGCAGAGACGAUCUGCAGACAGAUUGGUGUGUUUGGCGAGUACGAGGAUCUGAAGGGGAAGAGUUACACUGGCCGCCAAUUCGAUGAUCUAACCGAUACCGAAAAGCUGCAGGCUGCGAAGACUGCUUCCUUGUUCUCACGCACAGAGCCAGGCCACAAGUCCAAGCUUGUCGAUCUGCUGCAGACCGCAGGCGAAGUCGUGGCCAUGACUGGCGAUGGUGUCAACGACGCUCCAGCUCUGAAGAAGAGCGACAUUGGUGUGGCGAUGGGCACGGGUACUGAUGUCGCGAAGCUUGCAGCAGAUAUGGUGCUAGCGGACGACAACUUCGCGACGAUCGAGACGGCUGUUGAGGAAGGCCGCAGCAUAUACAACAACACGCAGCAGUUCAUCCGAUACUUGAUCUCGUCCAACAUCGGUGAGGUGGUCUCGAUCUUCCUGACCGCUGCGCUGGGCAUGCCGGAGGCUCUGAUCCCGGUACAGCUACUCUGGGUCAACCUGGUGACGGAUGGACUGCCCGCUACGGCAUUGAGCUUCAACCCCAAGGACCACGACGUGAUGCGCCGACCACCCCGGAAACGCGACGAGCCUCUCGUAGGAGGCUGGCUCUUCUUCCGCUACAUGGUCAUCGGCACUUACGUCGGCCUGGCCACGGUAGGCGGGUAUGCAUGGUGGUUCAUGUACUACGAAGGUGGACCCCAAAUCACCUUUUACCAACUCACACACUUCCACCGCUGCGCCUCCUCAUUCCCCCAAAUCGACUGCGCCAUCUUCACUACCACCCCGGCGAAAACCGCCUCCACCGUCUCCCUCUCCAUCCUCGUCGUCAUCGAAAUGCUCAACGCCAUGAACGCGCUCUCCUCCUCCGAAUCUCUCUUAACUCUCCCGCUAUGGAAGAACAUGAUCCUCGUCUACGCCAUCACCCUCUCAAUGGUUCUGCACUUCAUCCUGCUGUACACGCCGAUCUUGCAGACGAUUUUCGGCAUCGUGCCGUUGGGGUGGGAUGAGUGGUAUAUUGUGAUGGGUUGGAGUGUGCCGAUUAUUGCGAUUGAUGAGGGGUUGAAGUUUGUGGAGCGGGGGUGGGUGAUGGCGAAGGCGGAGCCGGACAAGAUUGGGGGGAGGAAGAAGCUUGAGUAA